GUCUGUGUGCAAAAGGCUAUGCACAAACGAAGGGGAUCGACUAUGAUGAAACCUUCUCACCUACUGUCAGCUGAUCCUCAUGUAAAGUUACAGAAAAAUGAGACGAUGCCUGCAUACAACCUACCAUACAGAGAAGCAGUUGGAUCACUUAUACACCUAGCAACUGUAAGCAGACCAGACAUUAUGUUUGCAGUCAGUCUAGUAAGUCAGUUUUUGCACAAUUAUAAUGAGUCUCACUGGAAUGCUGUAAAGAAAAUAUUUAAAUAUUUAAGAGGAACCAUUGAUUUUGGUCUAUGCUAUCAAUGUAAGCCACAGACCUCAGAUUUAAUUGGCUAUAGCGAUGCUGAUUAUGCUAAUGAUGUUAUAUCAAGGCGUUCCAUGACAGGCUAUGUGUUCAUGAAAAGUGGAGCUGCCAUCACAUGGUCCAGUCAACGCCAACAUAGUGUAGCCUUGUCAACUACUGAGGCGGAAUUUAUGGCUGCCUGUGUGGCCACCAAAGAACUAAUGUGGUUAAAACAAUUAUUUUGUGAUUUAGGAGAAUACAAACAAAGUUCUGUGUGUUUAAAUAUUGACAAUCAAAGUGCUAUAAAUGUAAUUAAAAAUAGUGAAUUUCAUAAACGCUGUAAACAUAUUGAUAUUAAGUAUAAUUUUGUGAAAGAAAAAUAUAAUGAAAAGAUUAUUUCUUUAAAGUAUGUUAGUACAGAUCAUCAAUUUGCUGAUAUUUUUACUAAAGCGUUACCCCGAGAUAGAUUUAAAUUGUUAAGAUGUAAUAUUGGUAUGUCAAAUCUAGGAACUUAAAGUGUUUGUAUUCCGAUAUAGAUUUAAGUUGAAUAAAUGUAAUAUUGGUAUGUUAAAUUUGAAAACUUAAAAUGAUUGUAUAGCAAGAUAGACUUAUGUUGAUUAAAAGUAAAUUUGGUAUGUUAAAUAAAAGGUGAAUAUUAAGUUCUGUUAUAAUAAGAAGUAAAUUGUUUUGUUAAACUUAUGUUUAAGUGAAGUUUAAACUUUUUGUUCAUAUUUUCUUUGUGGAAGGCUCUUAUUUGAAGGGAGUGUUAAAGUAAAUUUAUUUAUUAUCUGUGUUAUUCUAAAUUGCGUGCCUUCCUUGAUUUACUGUGUAUAAUCUAUGCUCUCUCUCUGCUCUGUGACAUUAUAGCGACUGCAUGUGUUCCCGGUAUUUUUACUUAGAAAUAAAGUUAAUUUUGAAGUAA